UGGGCUGGGCCAAUGAUGGACCUUAAAAUACCCGUUUGGUUUCCCCAGCCCACAAGCGCAUUUCUCUCUCAUACUUCCACUCUUCCAUUUCCCAGCUCCACUUUCACAGGACACAGCUCGCUCUCUCUCAUGGCGAAUCUAGCACGCUUUUCCAACAGAGCCCUACGAACCGCAUGUGCAAUAACAAAGCACCACGUGCAACCUCAACUAUCUUCAACUGAACGCGCUUUUGCGACGGAAGCAGCGAAAUCGAUAACUCCUUCGCCGGAUCGGGUCAACUGGGACUAUAGAGGACAGAGGAAGAUAAUUCCUUUGGGACAGUGGCUUCCCAAAAUUGCCGUCGAUGCUUACGUGGCACCUAACGUGGUUCUCGCCGGUCAAGUUCACGUUUGGGAUGGAGCAUCCGUUUGGUCAGGUUGUGUCCUCCGCGGCGAUCUCAACAAGAUCAGCGUCGGUUUCUGUUCCAAUGUUCAGGAACGAUGUGUUCUUCACGCGGCUUGGGCUUCUCCCACAGGCCUUCCAGCUGAGACUUUCAUAGAGAGGUAUGUGACUAUUGGGGCAUAUAGCCUGUUGAGAUCCUGCACUAUCGAGCCAGAGGUCAUUAUCGGGCAGCACUCCAUUCUCAUGGAAGGUUCAGUGGUGGAGACACACUCAAUUCUUGAAGCUGGGUCAGUAGUUCCACCAGGAAGGAUAAUUCCAUCAGGUGAACUUUGGGCUGGUAAUCCUGCCAAGUUUGUGAGGACGUUGUCUCAUGAAGAAACCUUAGAAAUCCCCAAACUUGCAGUUGCAAUAAACGAUUUAAGCAAAGAUCAUUAUCACGAGUUCCUUCCUUAUUCAACAGUUUAUUUGGAAGUUGAGAAGUUUAAGAAAUCAUUGGGUAUUUCUGUUUGAUGCUCUUUGUUGUUAUUAUUCUUUAAUGUAUCUGUUAGCUGGACUUUUUGGUUGUAAGGAAAUAAGAAUCGAAACACAGAGCAAGUUUUUGUGUUUUCUUUGUGCUCCUUGCUGAAAGUAUUGGUUGAAGACAUCAUGUCCUGUAUAAUUUGACUGGAGAUAAUAUGUUAAGAGAUGAGACGCAUCAUCGGUAUUUUGGACAUUAGUUUUUGCUCCCAA